CAUAAGAACCGCACUUCAGACCCUCACACUUCUCCACAAACACACUCUCCCCCCUUCUCCCCCAUGGAUUCCCUUACCCUCGUCUGCACCGUCUCCCUUCUCGCCGGCGGCCUUUACUGGUUCGUCUGCAUCCUUGGAUCCGCCGAACAAAAAGGCAAACACGCCAGUCAGCUCACCGGAGGCUCAAUCCAACGUGAAAACGUUCAAGACAAUUACAAUGAGUACUGGUCUUUCUUCCGUCGUCCCAAAGAGAUCGAGAAGACGGAAAAUGUUCCGGCUUUCGUUGACACUUUUUAUAACCUCGUUACAGAUAUCUACGAAUGGGGUUGGGGACAGUCGUUUCAUUUUUCUCCUGCAAUCCCUGGGAAAUCCAACCUUGAGUCCACCAAAAUCCAUGAGCAGAUGGCGGUAGAUCUGAUUCGUGUUAAACCCGGACAGAAGGUUCUCGACGCCGGAUGCGGCGUCGGAGGUCCGAUGCGUGCAAUUGCGGCGCAUUCAGGCUGUAACGUCGUUGGAAUCACCAUUAAUGAGUAUCAAGUGAGUCGAGCUAAGGCACAUAAUAAGAAAGCUGGGUUGGAUGGGCUAUGUGAUGUCGUUUGCGGAAACUUUCUAGAAAUGCCGUUUGAAGAUAAUAGUUUCGACGGCGCGUACUCGAUCGAGGCGACUUGCCACGCGCCGAAGCUGGAAGAUGUUUACGGCGAGAUUUUUAGGGUUUUAAAGCCUGGAUCGAUGUACGUUUCAUACGAAUGGGUAACAACCGAAUUAUACAACGGCGAAGAUCCGGAACAUGUGGAAGUUAUUCAGGGGAUCGAGAGAGGUGACGCUCUGCCGGGGUUGAGGAGUUACUCCGACAUUGCUGAGGUGGCGAAGAAGGUAGGAUUUGAGGUGGUGAAGGAGAAGGAUUUGGCGAAACCUCCGUCGCAUCCAUGGUGGACGAGGUUGAAGAUGGGGCGAAUUGCUUAUUGGAGAAAUCACAUUUUAGUGAUGGUGCUUGAAACGCUCGGUGUUGCACCAAAAGGAACUGUAGAUGUUCACGAGAUGCUGUUCAAAACCGCCGAUUAUCUCACCAGAGGAGGAGAUACCGGCAUUUUCAGCCCAAUGCAUAUGAUUCUCUGCAAAAAGCCAGAAAAGCCCCAAGAAUCUUGAUCAUCUUCUUCGUUGAGGUUUAUUCUCAAUAUUAAUCGUUUUUUUUUUCCAAAUCAGGCCCUUUUGGUUAUUUUUAAUUAUCAGUAUGAUUUAUCUGUUUGAUUACAGUUUGAUUUUCUGUGUUUAAUUUAAUCACUGCUUCUAUUUAGUGUUUAAUGUAGCUCCUAAUCAAAGUUUUGGAAUUUUGUAAUCCAUGGUAUUUCCAUAUUCA